AUGAGAGCUGCUGGUAAAAAGUUGAUUUAAUAGCAAAUGAUUUUGCGUCCUCCUCACCCUAGAAAUAUGCAUCCUGUAACAAAAGAAGCUUAAAAUAGAAUGACUUAACCCCCUAAACCAUUAGAAUUCAAAUUAUAAGAUAUUCCUGCUAAUUAAACUCCUGAAUAAGCUAUGUUACCUUUGGGAGUAAAUCAAAUUAUGCCUUUCAGUAUUUUAAGAACUCAUACAGGAAAUUUACCUGUCUACAGAAAAUAUAAUCACAACAGAACAUCAAAGAGAACAAUUAUCAGACAUAUUGAAGGUGACAUUAAUAAAUUCACUGAGGAAUUAUCUAAGGUUGUAUCAAAUGCAGAAAUUCAUGUUAAAGUUGGAAGAGUGGAAGUUAAUGGUCUCCACAAAGAAUCUAUUGAUUUUUGGCUUAAGAGAUUAGGAUUUUGA